AUGAGCAACUUUCACGCAAACAUUCAUGAGGGUGAAUAUGUAUCAGCUACUCGAAGUAAGCUACCCUUAAGUCAUGAGGCAACAAUUUCGGAGGCCAAGAUACACAGUCCCAGAGCAUCAACACCGAUACGAUUGAAUAGUCCUCAUAUGUCAAUGGCUGAACUUGCCAUUGUAAAUAACAAUAUACUCUCAUCACUGAAUUUGCACCAAAGUGAUAGUCAUCCCCAAUACCCUUCCCCACAUCCAUUGCAUUCAAAAAACAAUGAUAACGCCGCAGUAUCAACAUCUCCGACGCCACAGUUUUCCAAUUUUGACAAUGGGCAAGAUUUUUCAAUUAGUUCACCUCCGUUCUUGCCAUCAACGCCGAAUUCUGUUGAUGUAGAUGGUAUGCCAGUUUCCAUACCGGCAAAUUUACCGAAACUUGUACAUAAAUGGACGCACACACAUUCGAUAUUAUGUUGCAUUGCGUCACCUGCUCACAACUUGUUAUUUUGUGGAACUCAAGACGGAAAGGUAUUGAUAUUUGAUAUGCUCACUUAUAGUUUAAAACAUGAAAUUGAUCGAAGUGAAAACCCUCAUCAAAAUAGUUCAAUAUUGACCAUUUGUGUAAACAAAAAGGAGGAUACUUUGUUUGUUGCUGGAUCGGAUUCGUUAGUGAAGGUCUACGAUUUCAAGACUGGGUUCCAAUGCACCCAUAUCAUUUAUUCAUUGGUCGAUAUUGGUGAUAUUUUCUCGCUUGCAUGGUGCGAUAACUCACAAACGUUGAUUAUUGGCGCCCAGAAUGCCAGCAUAUUAUGGUGCAAACUAUUUGUUGCCAAUGGAAAUACGAGGAGGGUCAACUUGGAGAACUUGCCACAUUUUAGAUACGACAAAUUUUUUGACUCCAAGGGACCAGGUGGCUCUCAAAAUACUUUACAAACAAGACACGAAUUGAUGAGAAAAAAUUCAAGAAACUCAACACCUGUGGAUGAGAGUAAGCAUGUGGUGAGCUUUAUUGAGUGCAGACAACAGGAUAUUGUUAGGUUUGCUCACAAUGGAUAUGUUUAUUGUCUUGAUAUUGUUGACACGACAAUUGGUCAUUUUGGUGACGGGAAAUUUCUCAUCUCUGGUGGAGGUGAUGGAGUUGUUAAUAUUUGGAAAAUGAAACAUUACGAGUUGCAUAAAGAGGCAUCACUACAGAAUGAUGAAUCGGUAUUGUCAAUGACGAUACAAGGUUCUUUGCUUUACGUUGGUUUGGGAGACUCGUGUAUCAAUGUGUGGGACUUGCUUACCUUACAAAUGAUUAGAUCAUUUGUAUUCAAUAAAGAGGGAAUGAAUGAGGUAUUAUCUUUGGGUGUCUAUAAAGAUGCGUUGUAUAAAGCUUGCUCAGGUACGGGUUUGGUGAAGCUCACCAUGAAGCACAAGAAUGUUGCUGAUAGUGUAUUCAUGAGCUCUGACCAAGAGGAUGGAGUUAUAAAUACUGUUUCCACUUUCAAGUUGCACCACCAAGCAUAUUUGUUGGCAGGUGGGAACAAGUCUUUGACGUUGUGGAAUAUAUCUGAGGAUGAUGACAGCGCCGAUGAUUUUAUGCAGGGUUCUGGCUCAACAGUGGCUACUUUACCAACUUUGCAGAAAGGGAUUCGCUUGGAUGACAAUGAUUUGUUGUCAAUGUUGAAAAAGUUUAUUUCCUACAAAACUAUUUCGAAGAACCCUCAGCUCUAUCUUGAGGAUAGUCGUCAUUGUGCUAAGUUUCUAUCACGAUUGUUGACCAAAUUUGGAUCAUACCAGACGAACUUAUUGCCAGUGGAGGAUGGUAAUCCAAUAGUAUUUGCAGAAUUCAAAAGAAACAGUCCACUACCAUCCACCAAACACGAAAGAGUCUUGUAUUAUGGACACUACGAUGUAGUUGACGCUACGAAUCAUGAAGCUAGGGAUUGGAGUACAAAUCCGUUUGUGUUGACGCCGAAAGAUGGUAGCUUGUACGCUCGAGGUGUCAGCGAUAACAAGGGACCCACGCUCGCUGCAAUAUACGCGGUUGCUGAUCUUUAUAAUAGACAAGAGUUGGGUUGUGACGUGGUAUUCAUCAUUGAAGGAGAAGAAGAAUGUGGCUCUACCGGAUUUCAAGCUGUGAUUCAGCAGCACAAGAGUCUCAUUGGCGAAAUUGAUUGGAUAUUGUUGAGUAACUCUUAUUGGUUGGAUGAUGUGACCCCUUGUUUAAAUUAUGGUCUUCGUGGGCUCAUCAACGCCAAUGUCAUUAUUAAAUCUGAUAAACCUGAUCGUCAUUCGGGUGUUGAUGGUGGCGUAAGCCGAGAACCAGUAAUGGACAUGAUGCAAAUUUUGACUACCUUGAUUGACCCCGUGACACAAAAGAUCCAGAUCGAUGGGUUUUAUGAUGACUUGUUGCCAUUAGGUGAACUGGAGCAGGCAUUGUAUAAUGAAAUCAAGAACAAGUUUCAAGAGAGUGUUGACAUUAAUGUAUUGCAAGCCAAAUGGCGUCAACCAUCAUUGACUGUUCACAAGAUUCAAGUUUCCGGGCCGAAUAACAACACAGUGAUUCCACAGUUGGUCAAUGCUACAAUAUCAAUGCGUAUAGUUGCUAAUCAGAAUUUGACCACAAUUAAACGGAAAUUGAUUGAUCAUUUAACCAUAGCAUUUAAUAACUUGAAAUCGGAUAACCAUUUACAAAUUAACAUUUUCCAUGAAGCAGAGCCUUGGUUGGGAGAUCCGUCAAACAAAGUGUACCUGAUUUUGUACAAGAACAUACAGUCGCAUUGGCAACAAGAUCCCAUUUUCAUUCGUGAGGGUGGUUCCAUUCCUUCAAUCAGAUUUCUUGAAAAAUGUUUUGAUGCGCCAGCAGCGCAGAUUCCGUGUGGACAAGCUAGCGAUAAUGCUCAUUUAAAGGAUGAAAAGUUGCGCAUUGUCAAUUUAUUUAAAUUGAGACAAAUAUUGAGUGAUACUUUAAAAGAGUUGGGAGAGGUUGAGUAG